AUGCAAAGGGAAAGACUGAUUAAAGAGAAACGGACUAGAAUCAAGCGAAAGGUUGAUUUACGUUCACUCGAAUUUUUUGAUAAGUCUACGACCAAUGAAGGAAACGAAAUUAUGAAUCUUUAUGAUGAUGGUAAUCCAAAAAAGAAAUUGAAGGGUACAGCCGAGGUCACCAAUACCACUCUUCCCCAAGUACAAGUUCAGUUUAAUAGCAACAGUGACGAUUUUUUUUAUGUUGAUAACGAAAGCGAAGAGGCAUCAGCCGAAACUCAAGAAAGUACGAGCACGACUGUUGAUGAUUAUGGCCCCAAGACACCGCCUCUGAGACAUCGGCAAGUAACUGUUACGACCCCAGCAAAGCCAAUCCUUUACAAACAUACUAUGCAACACUUGGCUAAACAUUUUUCAGUCCACGCGAUUCAAUCAGUACAUAGAGAGUAUUCAUUUGACUGGAUUGAAGUACAAGCUAGUUGCAUCAGAGAUAUAAAGGAAUUGUUUCCAGAAUUUGAUUUCACGUUAAAUAAAGUUGAUGGAAUUGGUUCUAAAGUUUCAAGCAAUAAAGAAAUCGUGUUUAUUGAAGUGUCGGGAGGACCAGAGAAUGCUGUUCUAAAACACGUCAAAGAGGAUACUGAAAAACUCAUCAAGGAAGCCAUGUUUG